GCGGCCGGCGCCCCUGGACUGGCUUGGGAAACGAAAGUGAGGGAGGAGCCGGCGGCUCUGGCAGCAGCAGGGCCAGGCCCGGUGGCGGCGGCGGCAUUGGUGGCCUGACCACUCCCCCCUCUCCGCUCCCUGGCAGCCUGCCCUCUCCCCUCAGUUAACAAUGAAGAGGAGAAAUGACCCGGAAUGCACUGCUCCUAUCAAGAAACAGAAGAAAAGAGUUGCAGAGCUUGCCCUGAACCUCAGCUCUACAUCUGAUGAUGAACCUCCCUCCUCUGUCAAUCAUGCAGCAAAAGUAUCUACCACAAGCCUCAGUGGGUCUGACAGUGACACCGAGGGGAAGCAGCGUGGCUCUGACUCUUUUAAUGAUGCAUUCAAAGCAGACUCUCUCGUGGAGGGAACUUCUUCUCGCUAUUCCAUGUACAACAGCGUCUCCCGGAAGCUUAUGGCCAAGAUGGGCUUCAAGGAAGGUGAAGGAUUAGGUAAACACAACCAGGGUCGGAAGGACAUCGUUGAAGCCUCUAAUCAGAAAGGUCGAAGAGGCUUGGGUCUGACUUUGCAAGGCUUUGACCAGGAGUUGAAUGUGGACUGGCGAGAUGAGCCGGAGCCCAGCGCCUGUGAGCAGGUGUCAUGGUUCCCAGAAUGCACCACUGAGAUUCCUGACACGCAGGAAAUGAGUGAUUGGAUGGUUGUGGGAAAGCGAAAGAUGGUUAUUGAAGAUGAAACAGAGUUUUGUGGGGAAGACCUGCUUCACAGUGUGCUGCAGUGUAAGAGUGUGUUUGAUGUCCUGGACGGGGAGGAGAUGCGGCGAGCUCGGACCCGGGCCAAUCCCUACGAGAUGAUCCGAGGAGUCUUCUUCCUAAACAGGGCGGCAAUGAAGAUGGCUAACAUGGAUUUUGUGUUUGAUCGCAUUUUUACAAAUCCACGGGACUCUUACGGGAAACCUCUGGUAAAGGACCGGGAAGCCGAGCUUCUGUACUUCGCUGAUGUCUGUGCAGGCCCAGGUGGCUUCUCGGAGUACGUGCUGUGGAGGAAGAAGUGGCACGCGAAGGGCUUCGGAAUGACUCUGAAGGGCCCAAAUGACUUCAAGCUGGAGGACUUCUAUUCAGCCUCCAGCGAACUCUUUGAACCUUACUAUGGCGAGGGUGGGGUCGAUGGAGAUGGAGACAUCACCCGCCCAGAGAACAUCACUGCUUUCCGGAAUUUUGUCCUGGAUAACACGGAUCGCAAGGGAGUCCACUUUCUGAUGGCUGAUGGGGGUUUCUCUGUGGAGGGACAGGAGAACCUGCAAGAGAUCCUGAGCAAGCAGCUGCUGCUCUGUCAGUUCCUCAUGGCACUCUCUGUGGUCCGGACAGGAGGCCACUUCAUCUGUAAAACCUUUGACUUGUUCACACCAUUCAGCGUGGGGCUCAUCUACCUGCUGUACUGCUGCUUUGAACGAGUAUGUCUGUUUAAGCCGAUUACCAGCCGUCCUGCCAACUCAGAGAGGUAUGUGGUGUGCAAGGGCCUGAAGGUGGGCGUAGAUGAUGUGCGGGAGUACCUCUUCUCAGUCAAUAUUAAACUCAACCAGCUGCGAAAUACUGAUUCCGAUGUCAACCUUGUGGUCCCUUUGGAAGUGAUCAAGGGAGACCAUGAAUUUACUGACUAUAUGAUACGGUCCAAUGAGAGACACUGUAGUCUGCAGAUCAAAGCUCUGGCCAAAAUCCAUGCCUUUGUUCAAGACACGACCUUGAGUGAGCCUCGGCAGGCAGAGAUCCGGAAACAGUGCCUUCGUCUUUGGGAGAUCCCAGACCAGGCUCGAGUUGCUCCUUCUUCCUCAGACCCAAAGUCUAAGUUCUUCGAGCUAAUUCAGGGCACUGAGAUUGACAUCUUCAGCUAUAAGCCCACGCUGCUCACCUCCAAAACCUUGGAGAAGAUCCGCCCAGUGCUCGACUACCGCUGCAUGGUGUCUGGCAGUGAGCAGAAGUUCCUCCUUGGCCUGGGGAAGUCACAGAUCUACACGUGGGAUGGCCGCCAGUCAGACCGCUGGGUCAAGCUGGACCUGAAGACAGAGCUACCCCGGGACACUCUGCUCUCUGUGGAGAUUGUCCAUGAGCUGAAAGGGGAGGGGAAGGCCCAGCGAAAAAUUAGUGCGAUCCACAUCCUUGAUGUCCUCGUGCUGAAUGGCAGCGACGUGCGGGAACAACACUUUAACCAGAGAAUUCAGCUCGCUGAGAAAUUCGUGAAAGCUGUUUCCAAGCCUAGUCGGCCUGACAUGAAUCCCAUCAGGGUGAAGGAGGUGUACAGGCUGGAAGAAAUGGAGAAGAUUUUUGUCAGGUUGGAGAUGAAGAUCAUCAAGGGCUCCAGCGGCACACCGAGGCUCAGCUACACGGGGCGGGACGACCGGCACUUCGUGCCCACGGGCCUCUACAUCGUCAGGACGGUGAAUGAGCCAUGGACUAUGAGAAUCAGCAAAAGCUUUAAGAGGAAGUUCUUCUACAACAAGAAAACUGGGACCUCUACCUAUGAGCUCCCUCCAGACUCCAUUGCCCCAUUUCACAUCUGCUACUAUGGCCGGCUCUUUUGGGAGUGGGGCGAUGGCAUCCGUGUGCAUGACUCCCAGAAGCCCCAGGACCCAGACAAGCUGUCCAAGGAAGAUGUCCUCUCCUUCAUCCAGAUGCACAGCGCCUGAGGGCCCAGGGACGCCCACCCCUGCGGAAUGCCCUGUUGUGUGGAGUCAGCGUGCUCUGCCUGGGGCACACAGUCACUGCAGCCUGGCCAUGAGUGGGUGGUCUCCUCUCCGUCUCCCCUGAAGAGUUCAGUCGGGGGCCUUCUGAGGACACUCACAGGUUCCUUCUUGGACACCUUUUAGACUUCCCUCCCCAGAGACCUGCCUGGGAACCGUCUCCCAUGCCAGGACUCAGCCUGAAAGAUGCUGCUCCUGUGGCGGGUUUGUGGUCAGGGCCCAGGGUACGUGGGGCUGGUGAGGGACUUGUUGGAGAGCCCAGGGCCUUAGCUCUGCUGUUUUCUCCUGUAUCCUGUAGACUCACUUUUCUGAGUUCCAUGCACUGCCCUGAGGGCAGCCAUUGCCCAGCUUUGCCCAACUUUUUACUGGGCCAACGCUGAGUGGGUGAAGGCCCACUGUCGCGAGCUGGCCAGGAGCAGCUGCUGUACAAAUCAAGGUUUUGUUUCUUUGAACUUGCUCUGUUUUGAUGCCAAGUUGGAGAUUUUCUUGUCUCGUCCCACACCGUCUUGGUCUUUCCUGGAAUUCUUCGCAGCCUAGACCUCUGACAGUCCCGCAGGCCGGGAAGGGAGGUAUGAGGGCCCCACGCCCCUGAUACCACAUCAGGAUGCAGGUAGCACCCCCUUUGGUAGUGUGACUGCUUCCUUGGGUGAUAGAGCCUUCCCGGGCCCUGUCCCCUUUGGACCCGAACCAUGGACAGCUGUGGAAGGGGAGGAUCCUCAAAGCCCUGCCUUUCUCUGUGGCCUCACCUUAACAGGUGUGUGUGGGGGUGCACCCCACCCUCUGGCAAUUGUGACACCCUAAUUUGCCACAGCCACCUUGUACCCUUCCCCCUCUUUAUUCCCCAGUAAGGGGGUACAGUCACUCUGUCAUUUUAUGGUCACUAUUUUCUCUGUGGUGGUGGAGGGGGAAGAGGGGAAGCUAGGCAGUAGCUUUGGGUGGGGAGGGUACCUGUCAGAUGUUUGCACAGGCUCCCUAGGGCCCCAUCCCAGUGCUAGAUUGGUUUCCAUGGAGAUAGGGCACUGAGGCUUCCUGUGAGGUUGCAAUUGGCUCCACCUGGGUGGGGCGGGUCUCCAGCCAGUAUCCAGUCCCCCUUCCCCCACUGGGUUGGCAGAGCACUGCUAAACUGCUGUCUUUCCACCCAGUUCUAGGUAUAACAGUGUGUCUUGCAAAAUCUUGGAUCAUUAAAGAUAAACAUAUUUUUAA